AACUUGACUUCUCCAUCACACACAAGAACAAGAACUCACAUUUCUCUUAACAUUACAGACAGUUUCUGAUCUGCGUUUUCAAGUCCGGUGUUGAUCCCAUUGAGUUUUCGGAUCUAAAAGAUCCGAAUAUUCAGACGGAUCAACUAGAGAAAGAAAAAAAAUGAAUCUUGAGAAUGUUUUGGAAUUGACCAGCUUUGAUUACUGGUUUAAUUGGAGAGUGUUACUAUGUGCAAUAUGGGUAAUAGUUCCAAUGAUUGUUUCUUUAUUCGUUUUAUGGAAGUAUGAAGAUAGUUCAGUACAAACUCAACCAUCACUUAAUGGUAGUGGUAAUGAUGAUGAUGCUGAUGUUUUGUGCAUUGAUGAUGUUUGGAGACCUUGUUUUGAACAAGUCCAUCCGGGUUGGUUGUUGGGUUUUCGGGUUCUCGGGUUUUGUUUCCUUCUUGCUAAUAAUAUUGUCCGGUAUGCUAAUCGUGGAUGGCGCAUUUACUACUAUUAUACUCAGUGGACAUUUACAUUGAUAGCGAUCUAUUUCGGGAUGGGAUCAUUGCUUUCAAUUUAUGGAUGUUUACAAUACAAGAAGCAAGGGAACACGAAACGUAUUGCUGAUCAAGUAGGAAUCGAUGCAGAGAACGGGGUUCGUUCGCCCCUUAUAGAUGGUGACAACAUGGUUUCGUUCGAGAAGAGAAAAACUUCUGGUUCAGAGGCACUAAAGUCAUAUGUUCAUCUCUUCCAGAUUAUAUAUCAGAUGGGUGCUGGAGCAGCUGUGCUUACAGACAGUAUAUAUUGGACCGUGAUUUUCCCAUUUCUGUCUUUACAGGACUAUGAGAUGGGUUUCAUGACUGUGAAUUUGCACACGAGCAACCUCGUUUUGCUGCUUAUUGACACGUCUCUUAACCGUCUGAAAUUUCCCUUUUUCAGGUUCUCUUACUUCAUCUUGUGGACAGGAAGUUUCGUUCUUUUCCAGUGGAUUCUCCAUAUGUUUAUCUCCGUAGGGUGGCCAUAUCCAUUUCUCAACCUGUCAUUAGACAUGGCUCCAGUGUGGUAUUUGUUGGUGGCACUCCUGCAUCUUCCUUCUUAUGGCGUCUAUGCAUUAAUCGUCAAAAUCAAAUAUAAACUCAUUUCAUAGAGUAGUUUGAGUUUUUGCCUCGUAAGAGUCUGUGCUCAUUUCAUUCCAAGGGUUUACAACAACAAUGAAAGAAACAUAAAUUUUUACC